AUGUCAUCACAGGAUCAGGCAUCUGCGCGGCCCACGGAGCUCUCAGAGGAAGAGAAAGAGGAGGCAAAUGAUGAGAAGGACACAGAGUAUCUUGAUGAUCUCGAUCCUAUUAGUGAUAACGAGGAGGAGGAUAUGAUGCUUAUCCAAGAGCAGCCUACGACACAGGGACUUUCGGAGCGCGUCGCAGGGAAAAGACGAAGAAGUGUGGCAUCCGAAUUAGAGGAGGAGGCUCAGGAAGCUGCUCAAUCCGAUGAAGAAGCAGAAAUUCCAUUGCCUAAGCAGCCUAACACCCAGCAGCAGAUAUCAGGGAGAAAACGGAAGCGUACAAGACGUGAGGAUGAUGAUUUUGUUCAUUAUUAG